AUGACUGUUAUGUGUGCUAUCCUGUUUGCCACUUACGCGAUCUUUGAAUCAUGGAAGACAUACAACAAGAGUUCGAUUGAUACAGUGGUUGAGACGACUUUUUUAAGCUACACUGACAUAGCAUUUCCGAUGUUGGUGAUAUGUGACAGUUCAAGGGUGGACUGGAAACGAGUAACGCAAUUGACAGAACGAGACUUGCCGGGAAUCGAUUCAAACUUGUUACCUGUUGUAAGAAAGGUGUUGAAAACUUUCUCGGUACUGUCCUAUGGAGAUUUCGAUGAUUUUGAAGAGCUAUAUAACGUGACAGAACUUUCCAAGAUCAACCAUUUAAACCUUACUGAGCUAUUAUUGAAGGUGAUGAGGCCGUGCGACGAUGUAUUUCUUCCGGAAGGUUGCUGGUGGAAUUUCAAACAGGUAAAUUGUUGUGAGAUAUUCGAGUUACAGCGCACUGAAUUUGGGCUGUGCCAUUCGUUUAAUUCCGAUUUUUCCGAAUAUGGCAGAGUAAGAGUCGGUGAAAACUCUGGUCUUAUCGGGACGUAUUGGCAAACCGAGUCCGGUGAAUUCCGACCUAGAAAGUCAAGCGAUAAGGGUCAAUGGUCGGGUAUCAGAGCUCACAUUUCGCCAAUUACACCAGAACAAGUAGCUCCUAAUGUAAACGCUAAACCGUCAAUACGGAUAUUGAUGGGUGAACCCAGAGGCGCUCCGCUUGGAUCAGAUAUGGUCGUGAUGGCUGGAAACUUUGGAAAUAUUAACGUGUGGGGAGAUCGAAUAUAUAACACACAUAGAACUAAAAAACUGAAGCCGAAGCAGAGAAAUUGUUACUUCGGCGAUGAGAGUUCAACUGGGAUGGGUACGAAUUAUUACCUAAGACGGAAUUGCAGAACGGCAUGUUACUUGUUUCACAUGAUUAAUCAUUGUGGUUGUUAUGUAGAAGCAAUGUUCGGCCUCAUGAAACAAAACGACACGUUACGGCCGUGUAAUGCGGAGGAUUUAUUGUGUUUAUCAAAAAAAAACCAAUAUUUCAACAAUUACAUACCCUUCGAACAGCCAUCGUUUUUCAUGAAAGAUAAGCCUGGAUUAAAAUGCGAAUGUAUGCCGGAUUGUAUCCACCAAAUGUAUAUACCAGAAUUAACCAUUGCCGAACAUACUGUCUCAACAAUAGAUAAUUCCUCAUCUUCCAUACUCAUCGAUUUACACUUUAAACAGAGCGCAUGCAUACUGUACAGAUCUGACUUGAUCCUCGGAUGGCUUGAUUUAUUGGUGUCAUUUGGUGGUUGUGCCGGUCUGUUCUUAGGCGGUUCGCUGUUAAGUUUCAUUGAACUCAUAUAUUUUUUAACGUGGAGAGUUUACUACCAUUGGCGCAGAACACCACUGAAAUCAGAUAAAUCCAAAAAUAAGAAAAAAGCAAAAGGACGUCGAAUUGUAACGGACACUUGGACAAUGGAUGAUUGCACGAACAGUAAAACAUCCAUACCAUAAUAUCUUCUAUGUGAAAAUAAAAAAAAACUUAUAAUAGUAUAAACCUAUAAUCAUUUACCUUUGCACAAUAUUAUAUUGAUUUAUUAGUAGUAUUAUUAUGUUUUAUAUUAAACAGUUUUAAAAUAAUAUGUCAUUUUAAUACUUUA